GGAAUACAGUGAGAGAAAAUAUGGAAUCAGUUAAUAGCGGUUAUAGAUGUGGGGGUGGUUAAUAUUAGAAGGUUAAUUGACUUAACUAGAGUUAAAAUAGAUGGUUAAAUGAAGUUAGGCUAGAGUGAUUUUACGCUUGAAUUUUUUGCUAUAAAAAAGGGGCUGAGCUGCACUUCUUCCCUGUCUUCAUUUAUUCUUCCUCAUCAGUAGACAGUAGGAGGAGGAAAGCUAUAGAGACAGAGAGAGAGAGAGUCCGCGUUUGUGUAUUUUGAUUCAACAAUGGAGGUUUCGCUGAGAAGCUUUUGUGUACGGACAAUGCUGGUUCUGGUUGUGCUUAUCAGUGUAAACGCUGCGGAGGAGAAAGACGAGCAAAAAUUGAGGUUGAAGGAAACGCAAGAGUUGUUGAGCUCAAAGAACUCGUCAAUGGCGGACUGGUAUGAUGAUGCAUGGAACGAGCAUACUAUGGAGGAUCCGGAGGAAGUUGCGGCAAUGGUUGACGAGAGCAUACGCAACAGCACAGAAAGGAGGAAAUUGGGAUUUUUCUCAUGCGUAACUGGCAAUCCUAUUGAUGAUUGUUGGCGAUGUGAUCCCCAUUGGCAACUCCACAGAAAGCGCCUUGCUAACUGUGGCAUUGGUUUUGGACGCAAUGCCGUAGGUGGUCGCGAUGGAAGAUUCUAUGUUGUUAGUAACCCUGGCGAUGAUGAUCCUGUUAACCCAAAACCAGGGACACUACGCCAUGCUGUCAUUCAAGACGAGCCUUUGUGGAUUGUGUUCAAGAGGGACAUGGUGAUUACCCUCAAGCAAGAGCUCAUCAUGAACAGCUUCAAGACCAUCGAUGCUCGUGGAACCAAUGUUCACAUUGCCAAUGGGGCUUGCAUCACCAUCCAGUUUAUCACAAAUGUCAUAAUUCAUGGUCUCCACGUACAUGAUUGUAAGCCUACAGGGAACGCAAUGGUUCGUAGCUCGCCUAGCCAUUAUGGGUGGAGAACAAUAGCUGACGGAGAUGGUAUUUCCAUUUUUGGAUCAAGCCACAUUUGGAUUGAUCACAAUUCUCUUUCAAACUGCGCUGAUGGCCUCAUUGAUGCUAUAAUAGGGUCAACAGCCAUUACCAUUUCGAACAACUAUUUCACUCACCAUAACGAGGUUAUGCUAUUGGGCCAUAGUGACUCCUACCAAAGAGAUAAGCAGAUGCAAGUGACCAUUGCCUACAACCAUUUUGGUGAGGGUCUUAUCCAGAGGAUGCCAAGGUGCAGGCAUGGGUAUUUCCAUGUAGUGAACAAUGACUACACCCACUGGGAAAUGUAUGCCAUUGGAGGAAGUGCUGAUCCCACCAUUAACAGCCAGGGCAACAGAUAUCUUGCCCCUGCCAACGCUUUUGCCAAAGAGGUGACAAAAAGGGUGGAGACGAAUGCUGGAGUAUGGAAGCAUUGGAAUUGGAGAUCAGAGGGAGACCUGCUGCUAAAUGGAGCCUACUUCACUGCAUCAGGAGCCGGAGCUGCAGCCAGCUAUGCCAGGGCCUCAAGCUUAGGGGCAAAGUCCUCAUCGAUGGUCGGGGACAUUACUUCAAAUGCCGGUGCCCUUUCCUGCCGCAGGGGCCGCCGAUGUUAAUUCUCAUUAAUCCCAUCAACACUAAGAAACGAGAAAACAAAAUUUGAGUACAAAAAAAAAAGGUCAAAAUUCUUCCUUCCCCUAUUAUUGCUAUAGCAGUAUCCAGUGAGUUUGCAGCUAUUCCAUUCUACAGUAUUUCCUUCUCAGUAUUUCUCCCCAAUGCCCGCCCAUAUAUUUGGCAAGUGUGCAUUAUAUUACAUGUGACAUACUGCCAUUGAUCGACCUCGGCCUGCUUUAAAUGCUGCAUUGUUGUUCGACAUCUCUAUUCCUCAUAGAGUUAGUCCAUUUGCUUCUCUAUUGUAUAAUACAAUCCCCUAUUGGAUCAACCAUGUCUCUGAUAUUGUCUGAUUAAUUAGCAUCAAGGUUCCUUGCUUUAA